CAUUAAGGGAGCACUGUUUCAAGAUAAACAGAAAUGUUCAGAUGUAAACGCAGAAGAAACAAAGUUCAUCUCUCAAGUUGCGCUUCGCUCUGUGUUUCCACUGCUGAGAAAGAAAUUGUAGUGGUGGUAUCGUCUAUAAAAAGCUGCCAUGACUCAGAAAACACACUUCCACCUGAAUCAACAAGACUGGAGUGAGAUCACUGCUGACACUUUUCAGAGUAGCCCAUUCAGUAUCGAUACACCAUACGGGUACCAGCUCGACUUAGGCUUUGUUAAAUACGUGGAUGAUAUUGAGCGAAGUGACACCAUUCGACGGCUGCAUUUUAACAAGCGGCCCGGAGCGGCAAACGCUGCCUCCAAGUCGCAACGCAUCUUAAACCCCACACACUGGAAUUCUUCAGAGUCUUUGUCCUCAGUGAGCAGUGAUGAAGCCAAGAAAACGUCUCCGUCUUCAUCCUCUUCCUCUUCUUCUGUCAACAGAAGAAGACCCCCACUUCCCCAUUCCAAACCUAAAUCCUCCUGUCCAAGACCUGAGGUCCCUCAAGACCUAGUCACCUCUCAGAGGUAUGUAGAUGGGACGUCUGCCCCAGCCACACAACGUCCUACCCCAACCAAACCAAAUCCUCUAGUGGAAAAAACUUUGAUGGAAACAUGCAAACGUUUGGAACAUGAGAAAGGCUCGUCGCAGCAAGGACCUCCAGAACCACAGCCACGGCGUAGACUGGCCAGUUUUGGUGGUCUUGGCUCUAGUGGUACCCUAUCUCCGUAUACGAGCUGGAGUGCCCUAAAUCAAGGUGCUAAGAUGACAGUCCUAGACCAGCCCCAACAAAGUUCCUUGUUAUUGGGGAACACCCUUAAAAUCAGCCCCUCAAGCUCUGGCCGAGCAUCUCCAGUGAGCGGUGUGAGCCCACUCCACCUGCAGAUGGUCAGGGAUCAGAUGGCAGCUGCUUUACGAAGGUUAAAGGACCUGGAGGAACAAGUGAAGGCCAUUCCUGUCCUACAGGUGAAGAUUUCUGUUUUGCAGGAAGAAAAGAGACAACUGACCGCCUUGGUCAAGAGGCAAGAUGAAGAUCAAAAAUCAGGCUCUAUCAUUGACAAAGAUUUUAGCAGCAAACCAGCGAUAGAGGGUUGGGAGCACGGUGCCAUCUCUGGUCUGACGGAUUUCCAACAGCUUAGUGUUGAAAUGCAACUGCUUGAAAGGAAGAUCCAAGAUGCACGUCUUGAAUCCUCUGCCUUCAAGACGAGAGAUCAAAAGUCAGUUGCAGUUGGAGAUGACAGGUGCAUUGAUGAAGUUGAUGUUAUUCAUCAACACAAAUUAAACUUUUGUAAGGAUGUUGCUGUUGGUGCAAAACCUGAGACUCAGUCAGUGGCUGUCAGUGUCACUGAGACUAUGCUGGGGGUUGUAUCCAACAAGGAAGCAGAAACAGAGUUGCAACAGCAAACCAUCCAACAUUUAAGUGACCGGGUUCAGAUACUGGAGGCUGAGCUUAAAGAAGCAAUGCUAAAGGCAGAGAUGGGCAAGCUAAGAAGUGAACUGCGGGAAGCAGAAGCAAGAAACCAUGCUGACAAGAGUUCCUCCGCACAACCACAGGUGAACUGCGUUGCAACCCAGACCGGGUCGCAAACUCGCACUCUUGGGGUUGGAAACCACACCAACCUUGUGCAUUCUGCUGUUGGGGGAGGACUAGAGCAGAUUUCCAUUGCUGUUGGAGUCUCCUGCAAACCGGAGGUGAGGGUUGUUUCAUCUGGCCCAGAUACACCUAUGGAAGAGUGGGAAGUACGCCAAAGAGUGGCACGAAAAGAUCAAUGUGUUGGAAGCAAGCGUGCAGCAACACGAAAUCAAGGUGUUGGGACAACAAUGUACAUGUGUGACACUGCCACAAUUACUUUGGAGACAAUUGAAAAGACGAAGAACAUUUCCCACCAAACGGUGGGCUGUGGUGACUGCACGGUCGACAUGGAUGUCAUAGCUGUCAAAUCGCUCAUUUCUCAAGGAACUGUCACUGACCCAGUGCGAAGCAUUGACUUUAGUGUAAUGGCAAUUCCACAGACCUUAUCGCAGCGUACCAGCACAGCCUUUUGCACCGUCUCGCGCAGCACCAGCACUUUGCAGGCCUGUAUCUCUGAAGCCAGCACCAACACAAAGCACACACUCACCAGGGAAAGACAUACCAAUACAGCACACGCGAUCACUCGAUCUCUGGCGGUUGGGGAUGGGAAGGUUUGCGACCGAAUGGCUGCUGUUCAGAUGCACUCUGUUGGAACCACAACAAGCUUGGGUAGAGACACAAACACCCCUGCUGUCCCUAAAGUGAUAACACGAGAUGUUGGUAUCGGAAUGGCAAAUAUCAAUGAGAAUAUCCUCAUUGGUCUCCAUACACGAAACAUUGCAUGUGGUCCAUCCCGUCUACCAGAUCCGGUCAAGACGCGUAGCAUCGGCGUGGAAGUGGGGGAUGGGAGGAUACGCGACAUGGAGGGCCAGAUGUUUGUGCAGACUGAGCCUGGACUUGAUCAUUAUAUAGAUCGCAUGCAGAAAUUACUUAAAGAACAACAGGACCUGUUAACUGACAGCCACCCUGGGUCAAAACAUGGGGUCACUCUCCAGUCCCACGGUCACUUAGAUGAACAAGUUAAAGUCACUGCACAAAGCCAGUCAUCAAAUGAGACUACAAUGGUUAAACAAAAGAAUCAAAUGGAAUUGCAGAUGUCCGCUGCUCUUCAUGGCUCACCCAGUGAUGACCGCUGUCUUAGGUCUAUCAUGAAAAGGAAGAGCAUCACAGAUAGUACGAACCCUACGACUGCAUCGCUAGGUACACAGAGAGGUAUUGUGGACCUCUUGUCUGAGGGUGGCGAUUCUGAAAAUGAAGAGAAGAAAAAAAGAGAAAAGAGAGAGAAAGAGGGCAGCACCAAAGAUAAAGUGAAGUUUCCUAAAAGAAACGAAAGGUAUAUAUUUAGUGAGAAGAUGCUUUCUGCCUGCCAAACUCUGGAGAUUCACCGUAAUGGUAGCAAGGUCAUAUCCAACAGAGAACUGUGCUCCUGUCUAGGCACAGUGCAGCAGGAGUGGUUCUGUGUGUCCAGUCAGAAGAGGGCAUGUCCACAGAUGGUGGAGGACUUCCUCUUCGCUUGCCGCCAUGUCUCGCCAGACGUGCUGUGCUAUGUGGCCAACAUGGCUGACCAAAAUGGCAACACAGCCCUUCACUACAGUGUGUCUCACUCUAAUUUCAGCGUAGUAAAGAUUCUACUUGCUGCAGGAGUGUGUAAUAUUGAUCAUCAGAAUAAGGCUGGCUAUACUCCUAUAAUGCUUGCCUCCCUGGCUGCCGUGGAAGCAAAAGAAGACAUGAUGGUGGUGCAAGAACUCUUCAGCAGAGGCGAUGUUAAUGCCAAGGCCAGCCAGGCUGGUCAGACCGCUCUCAUGCUAGCAGUCAGUCAUGGGCGUAUAGAUAUGGUCCGGGUCCUACUGACUGCGGGGGCAGAGGUCAACAUUCAGGAUGAUGAGGGGUCAACCGCUCUGAUGUGUGCUGGUGAACAUGGCCAUGCUGACAUUGUUAAACUCUUACUGGCCCAGCCAGGCUGUGAUGCCACACUGACUGACAAUGAUGAGAGCACUGCUCUGUCUAUAGCUCUGGAGGCCGGACACAAAGACAUUGCUAUGCUCCUCUAUGCCCAUGUCAACUACUCAAAGGGCCAACCUAGGGGAUCCCCUCGAAGCAAGACUCCACCCGUUUCACGCAUAAGCUUUUCUGAUUAAUAUGACAUUUUCCCAUGCGCUCUUCAUCUAUUCAUACAUCCCCUCUGAACAAUCUGUUCAAUCAUAUGACUGAGAUGAAUAUGACACAUUAUCUUCAAACAGAUAUAGUAUUAAAGAGAGCAGUAGGUCUAAAAAUGCAGUGCACUAACUGUUGGCAGUUAUCUUUCUCAAAUAUAAAAUUGUUAUGCAGUUUACUAAUAAAGACA